GUAAGAUGGCGCCCAGUGAAAUCUGACUGCAAAAUAAAAGGGAAAAUAAUAGACAAAAUAGCAAGAAACCGUGAAAAAUCCAAGUCUAAAAGAUCACUGAGACAAUUUGUAUCUCUCCUAUGCACAAGAAAAACGCUGCUACUGGCUUGUGGAGCUGCAUUUCUGGGCGGAUAGAGAGAGUGGAUUUGGUCGGCCUGGGAGAAGAGAGGCACCCCAUCCUAUCCCCUGUAGAAGAGUAACGUUGGGCUGUGAUGAAUAACAUGGAGGGUUCGGGGGGCUCGUUUGAGGAUCUGGUGAGGCUGAAGGCCCGCAGUGUCCCCCAGCAUCGGAUGAAGGAGUUCCUGGAGUCCCUGGCCAACAAGGGCCCCGAGGCACUGCAGGAGUUCAACCAUCAGGGUGGCGCUGCCGCCACAACCACUACCACCACUACGGUGUACCAGCAGGGAGCAAACUGCAUAUACACAGACAGCACCGAGGUGGCUGGGUCACUGCUGGAACUGGCCUGUCCGCAACAGCAGGUACAGGUGUCCCAGCAACAGGUGAUGGCAGCACAGCAGCAGCUCUCACCAAAUAUGACCACAGCCAUGCACCAAGGCCAAGACAUAAUACAGGUGCAGAUCGGGGGGCAACAUCAGGGCCAGGUGGUUGGGGUGGGGGGCCAGGUGCUGCAGCUGCCCUCCUCCUCCAAUCAACAGCUGCAGGGGGUCACCACAGCCCAGCUAAUACAGUCCGGGGACCUCACAGAAGAACAGCACCAACAGCUGCAGGCCCAGUUGAUGGCAGCGGUGGCGGGUGGUCAACAGAUCCAGAUCCAGACGGUGGGAGCUCUCUCCCCCUCCCAGCAGCAGGGCUCUCCCCGGGGGAACACCAUCCAGACCACCUCCCCCCUCCAGCCAGCCAAGAAGCGUAAGGUGGACAUGCCCAUCACAGUGUCCUACGCCCUGCCUGGUCAGCAGCUGGCCACUGUACUAGCAAUCCCCCAGGGUCAGGGACAGCAGCAGAGCUACGUAUCUCUGAGGCCAGACGUGUUGACUGUAGAUAGCAGCCACCUGUACAGCGCUACAGGUACCAUCACCAGCCCCACUGGAGAGACCUGGACCAUCCCAGUCUACUCUGCCCCGCCAGGGUCACGUGAUCAGGGCGGCGUCACACACAUCGCCAUCCCCCAGGAAGCAUACAGCGCUGUGCAGGUUGGUGGGGCGACUACAACGACAAUGGCACACACUACGCCAACGCAAGUUACGAUCGGCUCGAGUCAUGCAGUUUCCACGAUGACAGGGUCGUCGGUGGGUCAUGAAGAAGUGCAAUACCAGACAGUGGCGGCCAACUCUCUGUUCCCGGCCCAGUUCAUGCACGGGAACAUCCACAUCCCUGUGGCGGUGCAAGGGUACGGCAACACCACGCAGUCGCUCAUCUGGGACCCCCAGCAGCAGGUGCUGCACACACAGGGAGGGGUGCAGGUCCAGGACGUACAGCAACUACAGGGUCAGACCAUGGCAGUAGCAGAGAUGGAGGGCCAGGGGCAUACAGAGAUGAUGCUUCCCUGUUCUCUGAAGCCUGAGGAGGGGCUUGACGUGUGGAAGCUCUGGGCCCAGAGGAAGAAUGCCGAGCUGGACAAGGACGAGAUCAACAAACUAGCUCCCAUUGGCCGCCGGCAGGCACUGAGGUUCCAGGAGGACCUGGUGUCGUGUGCGGUUGCUGAGCUCAGUGUGGGGCUGUCUCACAUGUGCCAGGAGGCCCGAGGACUGGAGGGAGAGACUUAUGGGGCUGACGUUCUCUAUUACGUCUUCCUCUGCAUACAGAAGUAUCUGGUUGAUAAUGGUCGUGUGGAUGACGUGUUUUCAGACCCGUACUACGGGCGCUUCUCCCAGUGUCUGCAUCGGAUACUGGAGCCAUGGCGGCCAAGCGUCCAUCCACUAGGCCCAGGUUACCUCAUCGCCAGUCAGGUGACAGAGGAGAUGCUGUGGGAGUGUAAACAGCUGGGUGCCCAUUCUCCUGCAACGCUACUGACUACGCUGAUGUUCUUCAACACCAAGUACUUCCAGCUGAAGACUGUGGAGCAGCAUCUGAAGCUGGCCUUCUCCAAGGUCCUGAGACACACCAGGAAGAGCCCCAACAACCCCAAAGACAAGUGCACCAGCAUCCGCUACCUGAAGCCUGUUGGCCAGCACCAGAUAGGACAGAAAGUGACAGAUGACAUGUAUGCAGAGCAGUUGGAGCACCCAGAGAACCCUCUGCGCUGCCCCAUCAAACUCUACGACUUCUACCUCUUCAAAUGUCCACAGAGUGCUAAAGGCCGCAACGACGCCUUCUACCUGAACCCUGAACCCGUGGUGGCGCCCAACAGCCCCCUGUGGUACUCCACCCAGCCAAUCAACAGAGAGCAGAUGGAGCACAUCCUCGCUCGCUGCCUCAUCGUGAGAGAGAUCCAGGAAGCUGUUGCCAACAUACACUAGCAGGACUGGAGGAGGGGAAUGACCAUUGACUUAGACAUAGCAUCAUUAUGGCGUCGGUGAGAGCAUGGGCAGGGCCGUUGAGGCCAUCUCUAUUUUGAAGUAGUACAUUUUCUUCUUCUACUUCUAUGAGUUGGCAAACAAACUGAAAGGGUUCAUACUGCCACCCGGAGUGUGGUGUUUGAACAGUAUAAAGCUUGGUUGGUGAUUUACUGCCAACUGCAGUUAUGGAAUGUUUAUUCACGAGUAGGCCUAUAAUUCAUUGGUCCAGCCCUCCUGACGGCUCAAAAAUAAUUAUAACUUCACACAUUAUCCAAGGGAUUAUGAUAAUUUGCUGGUAGAAACAUUAGUUUGCACCCCUUAUCUUAAUUUGCUCCGUGGCAAGGUGGCCAAGUGUAGGGUCGUCACUAGUUAACACAGCCACAAAGUCAUAAACCCUGUCUAUUUCAACAUGAUCUUAAAAUCUGAUUUUAAACCCAACUCUCACCUUAACCACACUGCUAACCUUAGCCUACCCUUAAGGUGAAAAAGAAGCUACUUUUUGUUUUCAUGAAUUUGUAUGUAUGAUAUAGCCAAUGUUGACUUUGUGGCUGUUUUUAUCUAGUGGAAACUCAAGUGUAGGCUACAGAGAAAAGCUGUUUGGUUCUCAGACGACUCUCGAUUAGGAAGAACUUUGCAGCAGGUGUUUCUGAUUUAAUAAAUAUUGCCAUGUUGGUGGGUGAUAACAUUUAAAUAAAGCCCAGCCCCGAAGCGAAACGUAGGGUGAAAAUAAUUUGCAUGUCACCUCAUAGAAAAAGGCAGGUAAGCCUCAUGGAAACGUCCGAAGUUACACAUUUGGAUUUGUCACUUCAAGCCCAAAUAUCAUACUUUGACUAAAACGAUGAUUUAUUGAUUCACAUUGUUGUGCAACAUCAUGGGUAAGCUCUGGCAAUUGUCUUUCACCCCGAAAAAGUGGAUUUCUAUUGGUGUGGGCGUUUAAAUGUAUAUGUUGAUUGUCUGUGUAUAGCAGGAUUUCCCAACCCUCUCCUUGGGGACAAACAGAUGUUUCAGAUUUUUGUUGUAGCCUUAAACUGGCACACCUGAUUCAAUUAGUCUGCUAAUCAUCAACCCCUUGACUAGUUGAAUCAGUUGUACCAGUUUCUGGCUAAAACCAAAAGUUGAAACAUUUGGUGGUCUCUGAGAAGAGGGUUGGGAAGUACUAGUGUAUAGCGCAUGCAGUGUACAAAACAUUAGCAACACCUUCCUAAUAUUGAGUUGCAUUCCACAGGGAUGCUGGCCCAUGUUGACUCCAAUGCUUCCCAUUAUUUUGUCAAGUUGGCUGGAUUUCCUUGAUAAACACGGGAAACUGUUGAGCAUGGAAAAACUCAGCAGCGUUGUAGAUCUUGACACAUUCAAACUCAUGUGCCUGGCACCAUACUGCCCUACACUGUUCAAAGGCACUUAAAUCUGUUGUUUUGCCCAUUGACCCUCUGAAUGGCACACAUACACAAUCCAUGUCUUAAGGCUUAUAAAUCCUUCUUUAAC